CUCCCAGCUCCUGCACCAGGAAACGGCCCGGAUCCUGGCAGCGGCCUGACCCGUGAGAUCCCUAACCUGGCAGGGCUCCACGCUGGCCAGGAGGAUGAAAGGCCCCAGCUGGGGGCUCCUUGCCACCAGGGCUGGGUCCUAAGAGCUGCCAUCCAGGCUAGCCGCCCGGAUGGCGACCCCAGCCUCAGCCCCAGACACACGGGCUCUAGUGGCAGACUUUGUAGGCUAUAAGCUGAGGCAGAAGGGUUAUGUUUGUGGAGCUGGCCCUGGAGAGGGCCCAGCAGCUGAUCCACUGCACCAAGCCAUGCGGGCAGCUGGAGAUGAGUUUGAGACCCGCUUCCGGCGCACCUUCUCUGAUUUGGCAGCCCAGCUGCAUGUGACCCCAGGCUCAGCCCAGCAACGCUUCACCCAGGUCUCUGACGAACUCUUCCAAGGGGGCCCCAACUGGGGCCGUCUUGUGGCCUUCUUUGUCUUUGGAGCUGCACUGUGUGCUGAGAGUGUCAACAAAGAGAUGGAGCCACUUGUGGGACAAGUGCAAGAGUGGAUGGUGGCCUACCUGGAGACACGGCUGGCCGACUGGAUCCACAGCAGUGGGGGCUGGGCGGAGUUCACAGCUCUAUACGGGGACGGGGCCCUGGAGGAGGCGCGGCGUCUGCGGGAGGGGAACUGGGCCUCAGUGAGGACAGUGCUGACGGGGGCCGUGGCACUGGGGGCCCUGGUCACCGUAGGGGCCUUUUUUGCGAGCAAGUGAGCAAGUCCGGGGCCAGGCGGGGCUAGGUGUGGCUAGGGGACAGGAGAGCAAGAACAGAACAGGAGAAAUGCCCUUGGAAGAAGUGGGGUGAAUGGAUGGGCACGGAAUGGGGAUCGGAAAGGGCAGGGUACUGUGUGAAGGAGCUGUGUUUGCCAGGCAGGCAGUUGGAAGGAUGAGCUGGGAGACAUUAGGGAAUGUAUUUGGAAAGUCGGGGGCGGGGGGGCGGGCAGGAGAUAAAGUCAUUCCAAGGUCAGGAGGAGGUGGGAGAGAUCAUGUCUAUAGGUGUAGGCACACAAAACUAUACCUAGAACUUAGCUUGUAGCCAUGAGGAAGGUCGACUUGCAGGAGGGGUUGUGUCU